AUGCUCGAAACAUCCACUAAUACCUGUCAAAUCUCUUUUAAGCAAGAUAUAAUGCUCGAAGCAUCCACUAAUACCCGUCGUACAGGAUCAUGGGAGCUAAAAGAAGACCAAAAAUUGCAACACCUUGUAAGUACAUUAGGAGUAAAGAAUUGGAAACAUAUUGGUAUACAACACGGCUGGAGAGAUGGCAAGCAAUGUCGAGAACGUUGGACCAACCACUUGGACCCACAACUUUUGUAUACGCCUAUUUCGCCUGAGGAGGAUUUGAAAAUCUUAGCAAUGUACAAAGAAUUCAAUACCAAAUGGGCGGAAAUGGGUAAGCGGCUAAAGAGACCAGCCAAUAUGGUCAAGAAUAGAUUCUAUUCCAAGUUGUAUAAACGUGCGGAGAAAAAGCAACAUGAAAAGAAAUGGUGUAAUGAGGUGAGCAGAUUCAGGGAAGGACACGUACGUGAAAAAGAUGGAGUAAGAAAAGUUAAAAGAGAUGGCAAGCAUCUUAAGAGAAGUAAUGACGCUGAAACAAGAAGAAAGAAAGGCGUUGAAAAUAAAAGCAAAGAAGAACGACAUACCUACAAGUACAAUAAUUCCGUCCCGCGUUCAAUAAUUAAUCCAGCAUCGGAGACUAUUUUUCCCGCUCAACCCGUUAUUUCGGAUACGCAUUCUCCAACCACCACUCCAAUAUACACUCCAAAUCUUUCUACAAGCGACAACAUUUCAACUUAUCUUUAUCCAAAUUCUUACAAUGUACAUCAUAAGCCCAGCGCCCAUAGUGUCACUAGCUCGUGCAUCUACCAUGAGCCUUCACAAGCUGUAAAUUUAAUCCCCUGUUAUGUGCCUCUUACACCGCCGUAUACACCAUCAUCGCCCGAUACGUAUGUCGAGAAAUCAAAUUGGAUAUCGACAGGACUCUGCAAUGACAAAAUUCUUGCUGAUAAAGUAAAGAUGGAAGUGAAAACGCGUAUGGAACUCGGGCACAACGUAAUUGACUCGCUGAUGCAACUCGCAGAUGUUGCUGUGGAAGAAAAGGAAAAAUUAGCAAAUAGUUUAUUGACGAGAAAUUUGAAUGUAAUGUCUAUCGAUACUCUAUUGAAUUGA